AUGGAGAGCAGUAGUAACAGUGGAGGAGUAAUAGUGAGCAGGCAGAGGAUGAGGAUAGAGAAUCCGUUUACUUUGAAGGUGGGUCAAGUGUUCACGGGGUUUGGCAUCGGCUGCGGUCUGGGAAUCGGCGUAGGCCGCCCUAUAAAUUUAGGGGCAAUACCUGUAGUGAACCAAAUUAUGGGUGCAACCAGAGGUGCAACAGAUGCUUUUUCUGGUGUUGGAAGACAUGUUAAUGACACUUUGAGGAAGAUUGGAGCAAAGAACAUUGAGGCAGGCAUCGGAUGUGGAGUUGGUUUUGGGCAUGGUUUUGGAGUUGGUCUUGCAGUGAAGCCUGGGGUAGUGCAUCAGAUUCAAUCUUCUGUAAUAGUAUGUCAAGCAAUGACAAAGAUGAUGAUGAAGUUUGGACUAUCUCCAAAAUUAUCCCUUGAUCAAGGUCUCAUUCCAUCAUCUCUGCAAAGUGGAAUGUCAUCCUCCAGUCAAAAUCCAGUGGGAAGUAUCAUGCAGUUGGCUACAAAAAUACCUGAUCAGACAUCUCAAGGUUUGUCAACAGAUGAAAAACCAAGUAUAAGUUCUGCUUAUGAAAGUUUUGCAUCACAAAGGCCUUCAGUAGAUGCAUCAUAUGGCAGUCGCACAGAAAAAGUCAUUGGCAGUUUCCUGCAAAAUCCGGUCUUGAAAGAAGAGGAAAGUGGACUAAAUGAAUCGGUAUGUCACAGAGACAAUGUAUAUUCAUUAUAUUGCUUGGUUCUAUUUUGCUCGGCACCUGAGGUCUUGAAACACCAGCAAGUGAUUGAGGAGCUUAUGGAGGAAAAUGAGAAGCUCCGCCAGAUAAUACUGGAAGAACUGAAAAUUCCUCCCAGUAAACUCCAAACCAGCUAUCCAGCUAGUAGAUCUCCAUGUUCUGACUGUCUUGAGUGCCGUAGAAAACACCGAAGGAGAUAG